AUCUCACAGCCAGCUAAUACUCGACAUGGCUACUCUCGCUGCCGCGCUUCCGCAACCCAUUCAUACGUCUACCAUCACGGACGAGGAGGAGUUGCAACAGUUCAUUCCGUCCCAAGCUGUUGUCACGAGAACACCAAUACCGCCCUAUGGAAAACGAAAGGGAUGGAAGCCUACUUCACAAGAAGACUUCGGUGAUGGUGGCGCCUACCCCGAAUGUCAUGUUGCUCAGUAUCCACUGAACCUUGGAAAGAAGAAGACCCAAGCCGGGAACACUCUCGCUCUCCAGGUUGACUCUGAGGGUAACGUCCGCUAUGAUGCUAUCGCCCACCAGGGCCAACGCCAAGGCAAAAUUGUGCAAUCCCAAUUCAAAGACCUUGUCCCUCUAGCACAUAGAAAGGACCUCGACGAGGACCAGCGCAACCUAGACCGGCCAUCAGAAGAGGAGGUACAGGCUACCACGGAAAAGACGAGACAGGCAUUGGAGAAGCUGGUGACUGGCAAAAUCAAAGUCGCUCAGCCUAAGAACGUACCAGAUAGCAAUGGGAAGACGUCGUAUGUCAGGUAUACUCCCGGCCAACAGGGUAACGGGGACGGGUUGAAGCAACGAAUUAUAAAGAUGACAGAAGUGGCGGAAGACCCAUUAGAGCCUCCACGGUUCAAGCACAAGAAAAUACCUCGAGGUCCACCAAGCCCUCCGCCUCCCGUCCUGAGAAGUCCUCCCAGAAAAGCUACCGCCGCAGAGCAAAAAGAGUGGAUGAUUCCUCCUUGCAUAUCGAACUGGAAGAACAAUAAGGGCUACACCAUUCCUCUGGAUAAACGUCUCGCGGCAGAUGGUCGCGGCCUUCAGGACGUGCACAUCAACGAUAACUUCGCCAAGUUUUCGGAGGCGCUCUACAUUGCAGACAGACACGCUCGCGAGGAGGUCCGUCAGCGCGCGCUGAUGCAACAAAAACUGGCGCAGAAAGAAAAGGAAGCAAAGGAGGAGAAUUUGCGGCUGCUGGCACAGCGUGCUCGAGAAGAACGCAGCGGGGUAUCACAAGCAGCUCCUUCACGACCGACUACGGAGUCUCGCGCUGCCUCUGGGACUGAAGAUGAAGAUGAGGAGGACGAGGAAGCAGCUAAGCUUCGGGAUACCCUGCGCGCCGACAAGCGCCGCGAGCGAGAACGAGAGAUGCGCAUGUCAAAUAUGGGUGCGGAACAGCGCGCGAAGAUGCUCGCGCGACAACAGAAUCGCGACAUAUCUGAGAAGAUCGCUCUUGGGCUGGCCGAAGCCGACGAUAGCCUUAGUAAUUCAUUUGGUGACGACGAUGGCUAUGCUCUAUAUGACCGGCCGUUGUUCCAUGGGUCAACCGCUGCUGCUGCAAUAUACAAGGCAAGGGGAAAUAUUGGGCCGGAAGGCGGCAACGACGAGUCGUUUGGUGGGAAAGCUCUCGAUAAUGACCGCUUUGGUCUGGGCAGACCGCCGGUGGGAUUCGAGGGUGCGAAUGAGCAGGAGGUGAGAGAGGGGCCCGUGCAGUUCGAAAAGGACAAAGACACUGGCGAUGUCUUUGGCCUUGACAAGUUCCUUGACGAAGCCAAAGGUGGACGGAAGCGGGGUCUGGACACUGACGUUGCAGGCUCGAGGAAAAGACUGCAGCUCGAGAAAUCUGGAGAUACGUAGUUUAUUGUCAACGUUCUGUAACAUACUCUACUUUUGUUUCGCAUGGAUGUGCCUAAUGUAUCAUGUAAGUACC